GAGGGACAGAGAACACGCUGGGCUGCCGUUUUCCUCGCACUCAUCGUGUGCCACCAGGGUCAGAGUGUAGUCGGGGUACCCACACGGAACCAACGGAAGACCUCCUCGCCAAACUUCAGCUGAUGGUCGCACACCUUCCGCCACUGCUGCCGGCUCUUCCCAUCCUCCGGCGGCUCCAUGACCAAGCCAGUCGCCCCCCCGGCCGCCGUCACGUCUUGACAGGCGAGGACGCGGCCGUCGACGGCGCUUUGGAUGAGGAAGGGCAUCUCUGCAGCGAAGGGAUGGUUGAUGUCGUAUUCCAGCACGUCUGACGAUUUGAACGGGGUGGGCUCCUUGACAACUGAGAUGCCCUCGGGGUAGUGCAGCACCUCAAUCGGCUCGGCAAUGACCCCGUGGCUGCCUGCAGUACAUGAAGGGAGGAAUGGCGGGAAGCACCUGAUCGAAUGAAGGGAGAAGUGCGUCUUUUGCUCACUGUUCUCAAUGACGAUGGACAGCAGGGCUUCUGGAGUUGGACUCGUCACCUCCUCUCCCUGCCCGGGGAGCAGCUUGACCCACCCGUCUCUCUCAAACUACGUACCCAUGUCACACAAAGCCACAGCAGAGAGACGGCGUCCACCAUGCAAUGGUGUGAUGGAUGCCUACCUGAGAGUAGUCCAUCCGCAGUCCCACCGCCCCUUUGUCAUCCUGAAUGGCUUCUCUCUUAUUGUACGCCAGGCGGCCUUCAUCAAAGCUGGCGUGGGCCUCCGUCGCCGCAUCUUCCGUCGCCUCGGUCAGCCGGGCAUAGCAUAUGCAGCCCGAGGCGUUUUCUAUCGAUAGGCUGUGGUGAGCGUUCCGACGACGCAUCUUGCAGGCGGCAGCAGCAGGAGCAAGCGGAACCCUCAGAUCGGAUAACGAAAUUUGCGCGCCAUAUAUCACCGCUAAG